CUAGCUAAGAGAAGAUUCGUGGAAAUGGAGAUUUGUACUGAAUGUCUCUUUCAGAUUCAGCUGAUCCUCAGCCGGGCCCGUCCCGCAUCAGACCAGCAAUCUGUGUCACGGAUCCAGCUGAAGUUCCCUUGUCUGAAUUUUAUGAGGUGGAAGAAGUUAUUGGACGAGGAUAUUUCGGCACUGUGCACAAAGGGAUCCGUAAGUCUGACGACCAGCAGGUCGCCAUCAAGUUCAUAAAGAAGCUUUCGACAGGCCGUUUUGCAGACAGGUUCAUCGCAGUGCCUGGGGUUUCUGAGCCUCUGUUUGCAGAAGUGGCGUUAAACCUCUGGCUGAAACGGCCUCCGUUGAGCCCCUUCAUCGUGCACAUGCUGGACUGGUUUGAGGAGGAAGAUCGGUACAUCCUCAUCCUGGAGUAUUCAGAGCCCAGCAGAGGCAUGGACUGA